AAGACUUUCUCCCCUCAUUCGAAGUAGCAAUAAUAAGUACAACUAUUUUGAUCUCUCAUCUUCUUCUUUCAAAAUCCAGAAAAUUCAAGACAAAAAACCCUUUUUACACUUUGACCCCUCAACUUCUUCUAAUUUACUUUCCUAAAGCCCUCCAAGAACCCCAUCAAGAUUCAAUCUUCUUCAUCAAUUCCAACCCAUAACUUCUGCUUAAUUCUGUUUUGACCCCAUUUCUCACUCUUCUACCACCAAUGUCCAACUCGGAAGAUUUCGGUUUGACUCGCUACCGUGGCACCGAACGGUUCUACAAUCCACCGGCGGUUCGGAGAUACCAUGAGUCGCAAAAGAAGCAUCAGCCAUCGCCGCGGAGGCAGUUAUGGAAGUCGUUGAAGUAUGAGUCCCGACUCGACUCGUCUGAUGCUGAGGCUCGGACUGACUCCGAAGAAUCGACAUUGUCGAGGCCUAACUCAGUUUCUUUGCCUUCUUCUUCGUCUUCUUCUUCUUCACGAGACGCUGCUUCGUCUAAUUUGGAUCGUAUUAUUGAAUCGGUUACUCCAUAUGUUAAAGCUCAAACCUUCCCCGAGGCAAGAAUGAGAGGAUGGAGUCCUGAAGAAGCAUUUUACUAUCUCGAGGAUCUGUGGGAAGCGUUUAGAGAAUGGAGUGUAUAUGGGGUGGGAGUGCCUUUGUUACUGAAUGGAUGUGAUUUGGUUAAGCAGUACUAUGUUCCCUAUUUAUCAGGCAUACAGUUGUAUGUAAAUCCACAAAGGUUGAGUGAUGUUGGAAGUGGCAACUGGGAAGCAGAAAGAUGGACGAAUGGUGUUGUUGUUAAUAGAGGACAGAGUCGACACAAUCUUAUGAACUUGAAUGCACAGAUGUUGUACGGACUUAGUUUGAGAGAUUCACAUCCUUUUAGUCCAUCAAGUAACUCACCAGGGAAACCUAUAUAUGAAUACCUUGAAACGGAACCACCAUAUGUUCGUAAACCUUUAUAUGAUCAGAUUUUGAAUCUUGCGUCUAAAUUUCCAGGGCUCAAUGUGUACAGAAGCUGUGAUAUAUUGCCUGCUAGUUGGUUCUCUGUUGCAUGGUACCCAAUAUACAGAAUACCUGUUGGCCCAACUCUACAAAGUCUUGAGGCAUCUUUUCUUACGUUCCAUCAUUUAUCGAUGCAUUCUCCAGGCAAAAAUCAGCCAGGGUCGCAUGUUGCUGCCUGUGCCAGGAAGGGCGACGCUUUAAAAAUCUCUUUACCCAUUUUUGGUCUUGCUUCCUACAAGUUAAAAGAUUCAAUUUUGUUACCUGGGGAAUCCGAAGAACGGAAGCAGGCAAGAGCUUUACUCUUGGAUGCUAAGAAUUGGCUGCAGUGCUUGGAUGUCAAACUUCCUGAUUUGGAAUUUUUUCAAUCCCGCAAUAUUGGAAGAGGUUAACAAGGUCAGAUCUUCCAAAGCUCUUUAUUGUACAACACAAGGAGUCAAAUGAAAUGUGUUCAUGGGUACCACAAAAACAGCUCGAUUUUCGGCCUUAUUUUUUCAAAUACUUGUGCAUGUUUUUCACCAUGGAAGAAGCAUAUCAGUUGUCACAAGAGAUUAGGAGAUUUGUGAGGCUGCCUUCUAUUGUUGGAAGGAUAAAGUAUGCAGUUGUUUGUGGGCAUCAAAUGAGUUCAUAUGAUUGGCAAGCUAUAUGGUCUCAUCAUUUUACCAAGUAAUGAGACAUUGUUUUCUAAGUUGCUGUGUGCCCAUGAUUCUUUAACAAAUAUUUGACAUAAGUGACAAUACAUAUCUUCAUAAGAAUCUGAUAGUGGCUUUCAUGA